AUGGUAUGUUUAAAUGCAGCUGAAGUACGUCUAGUUGGAGGGCGGACACCUUACGAAGGGAGGUUAGAAAUGAGAAAGAGCAAUAAAGAGCCAUGGGGAACUGUUUGUGAUGAUAAUUUUGAUGACAACGAUGCACGUGUAGUAUGUCGAAUGCUUGGGUUUCGUAACUCUGAGUGUUCUUCCGUUGUAGAAGCAUCAGCAUACGGCCCUGGUUCGGGGAAAAUAUUGUUGGAUGAAAUGCAGUGUAUCGGUAACGAGUCAGAUGUUUCUCAGUGUAAAGCCAAUACAUGGGGGCAGAGCGAUUGUGCACAUGCAGAAGACGUUGGUGUCAGUUGCCAAACGCCGGUGAGACUUGUAGAGGGACCUCAUUCGGGUAGAAUAGAAAUCCAAAGAAACGGUUCAUGGGGAUCAAUUUGUUUAGACAGUUUCAACCAAACUGUUGGAAAAGUUAUAUGCCGUAUGUUGGCAUUAAGCACUGGGGAUAUUGAAAUUAGAUCCGCUGGUUCUACAGGCACUCUUUCUCCCAUGGUAUCAAGUUGUGUUGGCAAUGAAAAAGACAUUGCAUUGUGUCAAAUGUCUAAAGAAUCGUGCAGAAGUGCCAGAAGUACCAGUAUUGAUUGUCGAACUGAAGUGCGGCUAGUUGGUGGACCUAAUCAGCAGUUGGGGAGAGUGGAGGUGAAUUUUCAAGACAAAUGGGGAACAGUAUGUGACGACUCUUUUGAUGACAACGCCGCUUCUGUUAUCUGUCGAAUGCUUGGCUAUAAUCCAAAAGGUGCAAGAGCAAGAGGUCGGGCGUUUUAUGGAAAGGGGAACGGUAGUGUAACCAUUGAUGAACUACGAUGUUCUGGUGAUGAAACGGAUAUUUCAGAAUGCAAGUCAAACUAUUGGGGGUCUCAUACUAAUUGCGAUCAUGACGAGGAUGCUUCCGUUGAAUGCGGAACGGAAGUACGUUUAGUGGAUGGUCCAACACGGUUUUCUGGUCGCUUAGAAAUCAAACUAAAAUCUUCUUGGAAUACCAUGUGUGACGACUCCUUUAAUAACAAAACAGCGUCUGUUGUCUGUAGAAUGCUGGGAUUUGAACGAGGCAACAUCUCCGUUCGUAACAAUGAUUACUUCGGAAAAAGUACUGGCGAAAUAACACACUAUCGUUUAGAAUGUCUUGGAAAUGAAACAGACAUAGUUAACUGCAAACACACUGAUAUAAAUAGCUGCAACAGUGGUAGCAACGUCGGGGUCAAUUGUUAUUCCGUAACACCUGUCAGAUUACAAGGUGGUCCUACGACAUAUUCAGGAAGAGUAGAAGUGUACAUGCAAGAGCUGUCUACCUGGAUGGGCAUAUGUGAUGAAAGUUAUGGUUUUACAGUUGAUGACGCCAGAGUUCUCUGCAGAAUGAUCGGAAAACCUAACAUGAAUCCAAGUUUUCAUACCGCAACAUACCUUUAUGAUUACGUCAUCCGAGGAAAAGCCAUAUCUGACAUGAACUGCAGCGGAUAUGAACAAGACAUUACAAAUUGUAGAUCCGGACAACAGUGGCUAGAUAAAAGUUGUGGCUAUCCAAAUUACGUCGGCAUUAAUUGUGAGCCUGUUACUAAAGUUCGUUUGGUUGAAGGACCUUCUACUAGAGCCGGAAGAGUAGAAAUACAAUAUAACGGUACAUGGGGUACAAUUUGUAUGGAUGAAUUCGAUACCGUGGACUCUGAUGUCAUCUGUAAUAUGUUAGGCUACACACAGAAGUCGUACCUGCUUAAAAGAGGAGAAUAUAAGCAAGGCAAUAUAUCCAAAACUAUAACAAACGCCCAGUGUAAAGGCAAAGAAAGAGAUAUCUCAGACUGUAAAGCUGACCCCUGGAUGUCUGGAAACUGUCCCAGUGGAUUCGACGUCGGCAUUGUUUGUAGUAAGUGA